CACGUGAAAUUUCGAAAAACAAGCCUAAACAUGUUUGUUACCGAGAAAUGGUUGACAUUGAUCAUCCCCACAGUUACUUAAUUAUUUAUUAGAAUUAAGUAAAAUCCAAAAUUUGAUAGAGGUAGUAAAAUCCAAAAAAAAAUAUUAAAACCAAUAAACCUAUUUGUACAAUGUGGCUUAAUUCCAAUGCUGUCGGGGGAACCCUAGGAAAGCAACACCCGCCAGCAAUUAUGUUGUCAUUUGUGUUUUUUUUAUUUUUAUAAGGGAUGUGCUUAUAUUGCAAUCUGGAAAUCACGGUUACAAGAGGCGGUUACAUCAAUGGAACAAAAGCAAAAUGAACACUCUAAUAAAGGCAGAACAAUCAAAGACAAAAGCAAAGCUAGAGAACCAGCCACAAGAAAGAGCAGGCAAGAUUGAACUACACCAAUAUCAGAGAGCCAUCACCAGAGCCAAGGAAGUGAACCCAAGAACCUCACGCUUCCACAACCAACAGAUCAGCAACAAAGCAGGGUUUCAACUCUCCCAAAACAGACAAGACCAUGGCACUUGAAAACACAACGCCAUAAGCCGCCUCCUGGGGAUCGUUCGAAGACGAUCCAUCACAGUGAAUCACAAGGUUGCAAUUACAUGGCGGUGGGCAGGGCUGAAACCGGGAUGCUCAGAGCUGAAAAAAAGGUCGAGGAAGCCGAAGGCAGGAUGGAUCGAGAAAUGGAGAGACAAAGAACUCCAGCCUAGUCUCAACCGAAACCCAGAACAGCUGCCGAUGACAAACGGAAAUGACACCGAAACCCACAACAGCCGAGAAGAGAAGAGGCUGAGAUGCUCACCAACAGUCGACGGCAGGGGACAACGGCGAAUGAGUUCUUCCGAACUGAAGAAACCACCAACAAGGAGGAGCCACUCAGGCACCAGAUCUCCAUCAGAGACUCUCUCAGCUGCAAAAUCCGAAACCCAAGCAGAGCAAAGCAAGACCAGAGAGGAGAAUCCAAGAUCCGAGAAGAAGAGCAGCCGCUCCGAAAUCUGAAACGCCACAUCGGCAGAGAAACCCUAAACUAGUAGAUACGGGUGAAAAUCGCCUAAGACAAAGGCAUACACAAGAGCAAGAAGAGCAAAGGAAAGUACAAAAAAAGAGAGAUUGAGCUGCCGCCGGUCACCAAAAGGAGCCGGCGGCAGCCAUGGGAAGUGUGAAAAAAGGAGCCUGCUCCUAGUGAGAGGUGAGAGCGAAUUUUGAAAAGGAAAGUAAGAGAGGUGAGAGCGAAUUUGUUGUCAUUUGUGUUGAUUGCAGCUUCCCUACGUAAUGAGUAGUUAGCUAUUCUAACUCUUAGGAGUUGUUUGGUUUUGAUAAUAAUUAAAUUGAUGCUAUUUUAUUAAUGCAUGUAUAAUAAUAUAUAUGUAGAAGAAAAUGUGUAGAAGAAAAAUGGUAUAUUGUAGUUUUCAUUGUUUGGUUUCUGUGAUAGUUAUUGUAGUAUUUAAAUAAGUUAUAUUAUUCUUUGGGUGACAUGUCACUUUUAUCCUUCAUUUUUAAUAUAAAAAGCAAUACAUA